ACACACACACACACACACACACACACACACACACACACACACACACACACACACACACACUGGAUGUCUUCUGUAAUAUGAUCUACUGGAAGAGUAUUCUCCUGAUUUUCCUGGCUGUGGGGGUUCAGGGAGAGAGACGGAGAGAAGAAACGUUUUUCAACUGUGAGGUAGGAGAGAGAGUGACAGAGAGACAGAGAGAGAGAGACAGGGGAGAGGGAGAACUUUAGAGAACUUUUUAAUCUGUGGGAGGUAGGAGAGAGAGACAGGGGAGAGGGAGAGAGAGAGACGGAGAGAAGAAACGUUUUUCAACUGUGAGGUAGGAGAGAGAGUGACAGACAGAGAGACGGAGAGAGAGAGACAGGGGAGAGGGAGAACUUUAGAGAACUUUUUAAUCUGUGGGAGGUAGGAGAGAGAGACAGGGGAGAGGGAGAGAGAGAGACGGAGAGAAGAAACGUUUUUCAACUGUGAGGUAGGAGAGAGAGAGACGGAGAGAGAGAGACGGAGAGAAGAAACGUUUUUCAACUGUGGGAGUUAGGAGAGAGAGAGACAGAGAGAGAGAGACAGAGAGAGAGAGACAGGGGAGAGGGAGAAAAAACAUUUUCAUCUGUGGAAGGUAGAUUAGAGAGAACUUUUUAAUCUGUGGGAGGUAGGAGAGAGAGACUGAGGAAUUUAAUCUGUGGAUGGUAGGAGAGAGAGACAGGGGAGAGAGAGAGAGAGAGAGGGGGGAGAGAGAGACCGAGGAAUUUAAUCUGUGGAAGGUAGGAGAGAGACAGGGGAGAGGGAGAGAGAGGGGGGAGAGAGAGACCGAGGAAUUGAAUCUGUGGGAGGUAGUGUAGUGUAACUACAGAGUGUAUAGCAGACCUGCUCCACUCCGUACCAAGCCUGCCACAUCACCAUGGACACAACGGAAUAUAAGACAUGCUUAACCGUUUUUACCCUCUUCGGUGUCCUGUUGAUAUGCUGGUGUGCCCCUCAACGGUUCUGCGAGCCUGGAGGCGACAAUUCGGGAAGAUGCAACAACGGUCCAGAUGAAGAAAAACCAGCAGUGUGUUCAGAGAUUAACCUGGGUUACUGCAACGACCUGGACUACUCCAGGACCAUCUUCCCUAACAUCCUGGGUCAACAGUCUCGUCACGAGGUGGAGUCUGGACCUGAGUACCUCCUCCUCUCUGUGAUCCACGGUCUCCUCAAUGGGGAGUGUUCCCCCGACAUCCGUCUGCUGGGGUGCUCCGUACUCGCCCCGCGCUGCCAAGAACUACCCAGCCCCGCACCCGUCAAGUCAUGCCGCAGUGCAUGUGAGGCAGUGAGGAAGGGGUGUGGCCACGCGUUCGAGGGCAUCGACAUGGCGUGGCCUUACUUCCUAGACUGUGACCGAUUCUUCGCCGGGGAACAGGAAGGCUGUCACGACCCGUUGGCCCCGUUAAGAGCCAGACAGGAAGUGGUUUUCUCCAACCUGUCUCCAGACGAACCCUCCACCAUCAUUCAGUUCACGUACCACUCCAACGCCCAGAUGUACAGCGUUCUGAAGAGGACUGCGGCCAAGUGCUCUCACAUCUCCCGCACCUACAGUAUCGGACGCAGCACAGAGGGGAAAGACCUCCUGGCCAUAGAGUUCACAGACAACCCCGGAGGCCAUGAACUGUUGGAACCGGAGAUCAAGCUGGUUGGCAACAUGCAUGGCAACGAGGUCCUGGGUCGUCAGUUGCUGCUCUACCUGGCCCAGUACCUGUGUUCCGAGUAUCUCCUUGGCAACCAGCGUAUCCAGACGCUCGUGAACACCACGCGCAUCCACAUCCUGGCAUCCAUGAACCCCGACGGUUAUGAGCUGGCGGCCGCCGAGGUAGAGGAUAGCAACGACCCGGAACAACAACCACACCACAACCAGGAAGGUCACGAGCUCAACGGUUGGACGGUGGGUCGCACCAACGCUCAGAACCUAGACUUGAACCGGAACUUUCCUGACCUUACGUCUAUCCUCUACCGGAAUCGCAGGAUCAAACGCUUCCGCACAGACCACAUCCCCAUCCCAGACUCUUACUGGUUUGGUAAGAUAGCUUCAGAGACCUAUGCAGUGAUGAAGUGGAUCAGGUCUGUGCCGUUUGUCCAGUCUGCGAGCCUCCAUGGCGGAGAGCUGGUGAUCUCUUAUCCCUUUGACUUCUCUAGACACCUCCAUGAAGAGAGGAUGUUCUCCCCUACACCUGAUGAACAGGCAUUUAAGCAGCUGGCACGGACAUACGCAGACUCUCACGCCAGCAUGGCCGACAACAACACAGAGAGGUGUGGAGCGUCCUUCAUCCGGAGUGGAGGCAUCAUCAAUGGAGCUCUGUGGUACAGCUUCCCAGGGGGCAUGUCAGACUUUAACUACCUCCACACAAACUGUCUGGAGAUUACGGUGGAGCUGGGCUGUGACAAGUUCCCUUCUGAAGAGGAGCUCUACCCAGAGUGGCUCAGGAACAAGGAGGCCCUGCUCAGUUUCAUGGAGUCGGUCCACAGAGGUAUUAAGGGAGUGGUGAAGGAUGAAGAGGGCUAUGGAAUAAAGGGAGCGUCCGUAUCUGUCAGGGGAAUAAGGAAAGAUGUCACCACAGCGGAGGAAGGUGAUUACUGGAGGUUAAUGAACUCAGGAACUCACAUCAUAUCAGCAUCAGCUAAAGGUUACUCCAAAGUCAGCAAGAGGAUUUACCUGCCUGCUCACAUGGAGAAGGCUUGGCGGGUCAACUUCGUGCUCAAAAAGGUCCCUGUUCAGCCAGUAGGACCAGACUACCACCUGUUCCUCAGAUCCUCCCUGGACACUUAUGACCGCUUCGACCCUUACAACCACUUCCAGAGCUACGGCCGCUCCGAGCCGGGAGAACCGAGGGAACCCAGGGAACCCAGGGAACCGGGGAUGGGAGGAGAACCGGGGAUGGGAGGAGAGUGGCAGGAGAAGGAGAAGCCUUGGUGGUGGAACUACUUUACUCAGGCAGGAGUCUCUGCUCCCACCUGGCUGCUACGGAACUAGAAGACUGGACAGGAUAAAGACUGAAACGGCACCCUAUUCCCUUAUUCCCUAUUACCUUAUUCCCUAUUCCCUUAUUACCUCACACUAUUCCCUUGUUCCCUAUUCCCUUAUUCUCUCACACUAUUUCCUUGUUCCCUUUUCCCUUAUUCCCUCACACUAUUCCCUUAUUCCCUAUUCCCUUAUUCCCUAUUCCCUUAUUCCCUCACACUAUUCCCUUGUUCCCUUUUCCCUUAUUCCCUCACACUAUUCCCUUAUUCCCUAUUCCCCCACACUAUUCCCUUAUUCCCUAUGCCCUCAAACUAUUCCCUCACACUCUUCCCUUGUUCCCUAUUCCCUUAUUCUCUCACACUAUUCCCUUAUUCCCUAUGCCCUCACACUAUUCCCUUGUUCCAUAUUCCCGUAUUCUCUCACACUAUUCCCUUAUUCCCUAUGCCCUCACACUAUUCCCUCACACUAUUCCCUUAUUCCCUAUUCCCUCACACUAUUCCCUUAUUCCCUAUUCCCUUAUUCCCUAUUCCCUUAUUCCCUCACACUAUUCCCUUAUUUGGUGAACUACAUUUGACCAAAGCCCAAGUGCAUUGUGGGGCGGCAGGGUAGCCUAGUGGUUAGAGCGUUGGACUAGUAACCGAAAGUUUGCAAGUUCAAAUCCCCGAGCUGACAUCUGUCGUUCUGCCCCUGAACAGGCAGUUAACCCACUGUUCCUGGGACGUCAUUGAAAAUAAGAAUUUGUUCUUAAACUGACUUGCCUAGUUAGGUAAAAUAAAAAUUAUUUGUAGUUUGCAUUCCAAAUGGCACCCUAAUAAUAUAGUGCACCCUGUUCCAUAUAUAGUCAAAAGUAGUGCACUUUAAAGGGAAUGGGUGCUAUGUGGAAUGUCUCCUACAAGCAGACGCAUGAAUUGGUUCUUAAUCUUUUUUUGGUUUCUGUCCCCAUCACAUUUAGCUCUGGCCGACGUUCCCCUCAUGUUCCCAGAAGGCCUUAUGUUCUGUUUAGUCUUCCUGUGUAGAUAGGCCAGGUACCCUGUCCACCAGGGGAACAGCUACCUCCACUAUGGACAGGAAUCUGAUCAUGUGUUGUGUCCUGAGCAGGAAUGAUUCUGGGCCCCCAUUAACAUAUUGGGUGUUCUAUUGUGUUUCAUUAAAACAUUCUAGUUCUGUC